UCCCUAACUUGAGAGAUGGGGAAUGAAUUCAAGAGAAUUGUUCUGCUGAAAGGAUUUCAGCACAUCAGUGAUUAUCAGUUUAGCGUGAUUAAGUGUUUACUGGCCAAGGAUUUAAGACUGACUAGUAAAAUGCAAGAUGAAUAUGACAGAGUUAAGAUUGCUAACCUGAUGGAAGAAAAGUUCCGUGGGCCUGCCUGUGUUGACAAAUUAAUAGAAUUGGUCAAAGAUAUAGAAGAAAUUAAAGGCCUUGCUAAAAUUCUUAAAAAUGAGAAGUUAAAAGUUAUUAAGAGAAGCAAAGCAAAAGAAGCAACUCCAGUGAAAAAAAGCAAGCUGAAUAAACCCAGUCCUGACCAACCUACAUCCACCACUAAUAAAGCUUUGGGACCUGAAUCAAUCAAGGAUACACCUGUGAAGGGAAAGAAAACCACAAAAACUAAUGAAUCUAAGAGGAUGAAUCUAAAGAAGGAGCAGAGUCAGCUUCCAGGAUUGUUAGUAACCAGUACACAGUCAACUGAGAGCCUUCCCCAGACUCCUCAAAUGGUUCCACCAAACCCAUCCAGCAGUUCCUCAACCAAGAAGCCAAGAUUGAAGCCUGUACCUAAAGAAGCUUCCAGAGAGGAGGGAUUCCAGAGGGGGCCUAAAGAAGUGAUGGUGCUGAAAGCAACGGAACCAUUUACAUAUAAUGUCAGAGAAGGCGAGAAGAAGAUGUUUCAUGCCACAGUGGCUACUGAGAGCCAGUUCUUCCAAGUGAAGGUUUAUCAUGUUGACCUGAAGGAGAAGUUCAUCCCAAAGAAAAUCAUUGCCAUAUCAGAUUAUUUUGGCCGCAAUGGGUUCCUGGAGGUGUUCAGUGCCUCAUCUGUGUCUGAUGUUAACCCUGACCGAAAGAUGGAGAUCUCUAAAAGCCUGAUUCAAAAGGCAAAUGCAACUCCUAAAAUCAGUCAUCUUUACUCGCAAGCUCUAGGAACAUUUGUGAAUGGGGUGUUUCUGGUGCAUAAGAAAUUGGUAUGUAAUGAAUGCAUAUAUUAUGAAAUACAAGAUAAUACAGGAGUGAUGGAAGUCCUGGUUUAUGGACGACUGACCAGAAUCAGCUGUGAGAAAGGCGAUAAACUUAAACUCAUCUGCUUUGAAUUGGCAUUAAGUGGGGAUAAGAGGCAGCUGAGAUCCAUAAUUCACAGUUUCAUCAAGGUCACCAAGGCCAGGAAAAGCAAGGAAUAACCAUUCAGUCCUGAAUCAUAUAUGGAAACCUGA